UUACAACAUAUGCAUAUUGUGUCAAAUUAAAAAUUUAAGUUACAAUCGAAAGAGUGCAAAGCUAAGGCAAACAGAUUCUGUUUCCAGCUAUCCCCUUCCCCCCAAAACCCGAUAAAUAAUCCGCUUCUCCCCCCUCCCCUUUGGUACAAACAACCCGUCAAAAUUCAGCAAAAUCUGAAAAUGUUGCACGAGGCUCUGAUGCUUGAAAUCUACAGACAGGCGCUAAAUGCCGGCGCUCUGCCCACAGCACGUCCACGUUCCACAGAAUCGGCGAAUUCCAGCGAGCGUUGUCCCUCGCACGAUUCCAAUUCCUCGGACAAUGGUGGGCAGCGGGAUGCGGCGAAUCUGUCGGCGGGUGGUGUGAUGCCACCCGUGCCGACAUCGAUGCACUCAACGACAUUCCCGGCGGCGAUGCCGCAAUCGCUGACCGCCCAGCCUACCUCAAUGGAGGCCUACCUGCACAUGGUCGCCGCUGCCGCCCAACAAUAUGGCUUCCCGUUGGCCGCUGCCGCCGCCGCCGGUCCACGUCUGCCUCUGCCGCUGCCCAGCGAGGCGGCGGCGCCAUUUAAGCUGCCGCCCCAAGCAUCACCGACGGCGUCCAGCAGCAAUUCGGAGGCACUCGAUUUUCGAACCAAUCUAUAUCCGCGCGCUGAGUCCGCAGAGCCGGUGGCCUCCGAGGAGGAGGAGGAGUUCGAUGAUGGGGCCAACAAUCCGCUAGAUUUGUCGUGCGGCACACGGAAACGCGGCCACGAGAACUCGCCCAACGCCAUCGGUCAGAUUCAGGUGAAGAAAAUGUUCAAAUCCGAUAGUCCGCCAGCGAAUGCCGUCGCAUCGGCGGCUCCAGCGAACAACGCCCCACCGCUGAUGCCCGGCGUCAAUCCCUAUUUGGCGGCGGUGGCAGCAGCGAAUAUCUUUCGCACGGGACAAUUUCCCGAUUGGAAUGGCAAAAAUGAUUUGGUCGUCGAUCCGCUCGAGAAGAUGUCCGACAUUGUGAAAGGUGGUGCAUCGCUGCACAAGGAGAAACCGCAGCAGCCGAGGAAGGCAACACCACCGACGCCAGUUGCAGCAGUCACUGCACCACCGCCCAAAAGUCCUGCUAAUCAAACAGGUGGCUCCUCCUCAAAUACGACACCCACAGAUGGUGGUGGUGGUGGUGGCAGUGGCAGUGGCACUGGUGGUGGUGUGACCAAAGCACGCCACAACAUCUGGCAAUCGCACUGGCAAAAUAAGGGCGUGGCCAGUUCAGUGUUUAGGUGCGUGUGGUGCAAGCAGAGCUUCCCCACACUCGAAGCGCUAACCACGCACAUGAAGGACAGCAAACAUUGUGGUGUCAAUGUGCCACCGUUUGGCAACUUGCCCAGCAAUCAGUCGCAUCAUGCAGCAUCCAACCAUCACCAGCAGCAGCACCACCACCAUCAACAGCAGCAGCAACAGCAGCAGCACCACCAUCAGCACCAGCAGCAGCAGCAACAACAGCAACACUCUCGCAAACAAACUGGCAACUCGUCUCAGCCCUCGGCAAAUGUAAAGAAUGCGUUCCAAUUUCGCGGGGAUCCACCGACACCGCUGCCCCGCAAAUUGGUGCGCGGCCAGAACGUGUGGCUGGGCAAGGGGGUGGAGCAGGCGAUGCAGAUAUUGAAGUGCAUGCGCUGUGGCGAGAGUUUCCGCUCUCUGGGCGAGAUGACCAAGCACAUGCAGGAGACGCAGCAUUACACCAACAUACUCUCCCAGGAGCAGAACCUCUCCAUCAAGUCGGGCAAUUCAAGCAAUGAUCACAGCAAGGAUGGUGGCCAGAAUAGUUUGAGUUCCGAGGAAUCUCGCACACUGUCCGCCGUCCUCACGUGCAAGGUGUGCGACAAGGCGUUCAACUCCCUGGGCGAUCUCAGCAAUCACAUGGCCAAGAACAAUCAUUAUGCUGAACCCUUGCUGCAAUCGGCUGGGGCACGCAAGAGACCCGCGCCAAAGAAACGCGAGAAAUCGCUGCCGGUGCGCAAGUUGCUCGAGCUAAAGGCACAACCGGAGGAGCAGCCCCUGGUCGAGAAGUCGCCGUUGUCGGGCAAGCCAGAGAAGAGCGAGGCAGCCCUAUUUGCCGAGCGGAUGCGCCAGUAUAUAACGGGUGUCAAGUCACCCGAGGAAAUAGCCAAAGCCGCCCAAUUGCUGGCCAAGAAUAAGUCACCCGAGUUGGUGGAGCAAAAGAAUGGUGCUGGUGGUGGUAGUAAGGCAGCUGCGGCCGGUUCCUCAUCGGUGCUCAGUGCCAUUGAGCAGAUGUUCACCACCAGUUUCGAUACACCCCCGCGACACGCCAGCCUCCCAGCGAGCAGUCCAUCGAACUCCUCGACGAAGAACACAUCGCCGGUGGCCAGCAGCAUAUUGAAGCGUUUGGGCAUCGAUGAGACGGUGGACUACAAUAAGCCACUGAUUGACACGAGUGAUCCGUAUUAUCAGCACUAUCGCUACACCAGCAGCGAGCGCAGUGGCAGCGAGUGCAGCGCUGAGGCGCGACCACGCCUCGAAGCGCCCACGCCCGAGAAGCAGCAGCAGCCGUUGCCGCCUACCGCACACCAGGAGUUGCCCAUCAAACAGGAGCCCGACUCGAGUCUCAAAAUGGACAUCAAAUCGGAGCUGUGCGAUGAGCAGCCGGAUGCAGUUGCUGCUCCUCCAGCUUCUGCUGCUGCAGUUUCGCCCAAGACAGAAAUUGAGACACCUUUGCUAAAUGGCAGCUACAACAACAACAACAAUAACAACAGUAAUAAUAAUAAUAACAAUAACAACAACAGCACCAGCAACAACAAUGGCAGCUCACCGAAAUCCUCGUCGGCGGCAGCCAGUCCACAAUCAAGUCGCUUGCCACCGCGCAGCCCGGCGGAUAGUCAACGCUCCGGCACACCCAAAUCGCCGGCAUCCAGCCACAAAUCGUACGAUGGCAGCGGCGAUGGUGCCAAUACCAAGAAAUAUCCCAGUGAUUCCCUCAACGCUCUUUCCUCCAUGUUCGAUUCGCUUGGCAGCAGCAGCAGCGGCGGCAGCAGCGCUGCUCAAACACGCGCCAAACUUGCAGCUGCAGCAGCAGCAGCGGCGGCAGCAGCAGCCGCGGUAGCUUCUGCAAAUUCUGCUGGAGAUGUGGCGGUGGCACCAGAGAAUCUGAGUGCGAACAAUUCGUUGGCGGCACUGCGUCAGUUCUGUGUGAAGAAAGAGAAGACGGCCUAAGGGACAAAUGGAGAGUGGGCAACGCCGCAAAGAAUUGCCACCGAAUAUAUUUUUCGUUGUUUUUGAUAAACAAAACGAUUUUUAUCAACCUUUUUGUUUGCCACGCUUGGCGCGCGCACACCACGCCCCACCACGCCCUAAUCUGCGCCUCCUUAAUCAGCAUUACGGCGGAGCCCGGUGGGGGGUGGUGAUGGUGAUGGGGGCAAAAGUCAAACGACUCUCUCCAUACCCAAAUACCACAUCUAUAUAUAUGUUAUAUGUUGAGAUCACAGCAGCAUAUACACACAUAUAUAUCGGAUGAUCCGAUGAUCCGAUGAUCCGAUGAUCGGAUGAGCGUCUUGUCGAAUGGAUAUUUCGACAUUGAGGCUGCGCCUCGCGGCAGCUUGCCUCUUCGGGGGCGUUUGCUUCCAUGGCCACAAUUGGAGCACAACAAUCUGCCGCCCACUGCGCGCCACGCCCACACACAAGUGUCAGCCACGACAACUGGGCCAACUUUUUCAAGGAUUGUUCCCGCCAUCCUUGAAAGACUGCGGCCUCUGUCAGCUGAAAAGGGCGUUUCUCUUUAGCCAUUUUGGGCCCAUUGCGUUUACACAAGCCCAAAAAAAAAAA